ACCAAUUAUCAAGUCGUGGGGAGAGAGAGAGAGAGACUAGAGAGGGGGAGAGAGAGAUGUUUCUACGGAGGUUUGCUCGGCCAUCGUCAUUGAUGAUGAUGGCCAAGGUGAAGGAAACAACCGGGAUCGUUGGUCUCGAGGUUGUUCCUAAUGCAAGGGAAGUGCUGAUUGGUCUUUACAACAAAACCCUAAACGAGAUCCAGCGUGUACCCGAGGACGAGGGCUACCGUAAGGCCGUUGAGACCUUCACCCGCCACCGAUUGAAGGUGUGCGAAGAGGAAGAAGAUUGGGAAACCAUUGAGAAGCGACUUGGUUGUGGUCAAGUUGAAGAACUCAUCGAAGAGGCUCAGGAUGAGCUCAAACUCAUCGACAAAAUGAUUGAGUGGGACCCGUGGGGUGUACCGGAUGACUACGAAUGCGAAGUAGUGGAAAACGAUGCACCAGUUCCAAAGCAUGUGCCCCUACACCGGCCUGGUCCUCUUCCUGAGGAAUUUUACAAGACGCUGGAGGCUAUCAUGAAUGGAACCAAGAAGGACGAGUCUGCUGCUGCCGCUGCUGCUGCCGCCGCCCCACCCUCCACUUCUUCUUAAUGAUUUGGGCUCUGUUUCAUCAUCAGAAAGCUCAAAACUUUUGUUUUUGUUAUGUCUUGAUAAUGUUUUUGUGAUUGUAAGACCAAGUGGUUGCCAACACAUUUGAGAUUUAAUUUAGGAGUUCAAUAAGCUCAAAUCCACCAGCUGCUUUUAGAAUUUAGGUGUAGUUGUGCCCAUUUGUCUUUCCUCCAACCAAUGGAUACAAUUUGCUGCUUCCAUUCACUCUUAUUAAACAAGUUUGAUCGAUUUGUUGUACU